CAAUCACCAAAAAGAAAUAAAAGCACUGACACUCUCCAAGCGCCAUAUUAGCGCGUGUACAAACCUUCCGAGCACUGACCGGCACAGCAAAACACCGAAUCGGAAAGUAGCCAACACGCCCCACUCGUCCGCUUGCGAAAACUUUUCAAAUUCUCGCAUCCGAAACUCCCCGCCAUAAAAGUCCAUUUCCCUUUCAUUUCCGCGUGACACAGACGCAUCUAGCCACGUCCCACUCAACUGGUGCGUGCUAAACACGCUCCAUAAUAACGAGUGAGUCCACCUCCCGAAUAUUCGGCGAUAUAAUACUUCCCGGACACGGCUCUUAGGUGCACCCCCAAACGCGUAACCUGGUCCACGGUCUCUCACGAACCCACCGUUGUCGUACACCUGUGAUGAUUCAAUAAAACGACCAUCGUUUCGUCAAGGAGAGAGAAAGACGACAAGUUCUAGAGAGAGAAAGAGAGAGAGUGCUAGAUCUGAUCGGAACCAAGGUAAACGAGCUUCGAAACCCUACUGAAUCUUUCUCUCCUGAUCCCUUUUUAUGAGUCUGGUUCUUCGUUUCCCUCGUGGUUCGGAUAAGGUUACAAGUUUGCCCUAGUAAUUUUUGGGAUUGAUUUGGCGGUGGAAAGAAGCCCUAGAAAAAUUAGGGUUUUCAUUUUCUUUCAAUUUUUUAUUUGAUUUUACUUGUGAUUGUUUAAUUUGAAGGUGUGUAAAACCCUAGGAUUUUGGAUUGGUGUUGGAAUUAGGGUUUUGGAUGUAUGGCUUCGGGGCCUACAGUUGGUGGAGACGGAGCUAGAGAGAGACGAAGAUACAUCGAGGGUAGGGUUUACAGAAGGAAAGUUUUCAAAGGCACCAAGAAAAACCCUAACGUAGGGGAUACAGUUGUUUCCACCGCUGCAACUACUAAAGAAGAUAGCGCCCCCACUACUACCGCCACCAAUGACACCGACAAUAAGAAUAACAGUACUGUUGAAAACAUAAACGCUGAUGAAACCAAGAGCAAUACCGAUAAUGUUUUGGCUCCGCAAUCGGCGGUGUCGGAGGAUGGGAAUUUAGCUCAGCCUGAAGGGAGUUCAAGAUUGGUGAGUGGGAAUACAGCUCAGCCGCAGGAGAGUUCAAGCUUAGAGGAUGGAAAUUUACCCCAAAAGCAAUUGGAGGAGCAAAAUUUGGAACAGGAACAAGUGAGUUUGAGAACAGGGGAUGGGAACUCACUCCAGAAGCAAUUGGAGGAUCAGGAUUUGGAACAGGAACAAGUGAGUUUAAGAACGCAGGAUGCGGAUUCACCCCAGCAUCAAUUGGAAAACCAGAAUUUGGGUAGGCAACAAGUGAGUUCAAGGACUGGGGAUGAGAAUUCACCCCAUCCGCAAUUUGACGACCAGAAUUCUGUACAGCCACAUGUGAGUUCAAGAACCGAGGAUAAGAAUUCACCUCAGCCCCAAACAAAUUCAAGACAGGAGGAUGGGGAUUCUCCUCCGCCACAGGAAAAUUCAAGACAAACGGAGGAUGGGAACUCAGCUCAGCCGGAAUUGAAUUCAAGAUUGGAGGAUGGCAGCUUGCCUCAGCCUGAAUUGAAUUCAAGAUUGGAGGAAGGCAGUUUGCCUCUACCUGAAUUGAAUUCAAGAUUGGAGGAUGGCAGUUUGCCUCAACCUGAAUUGAAUUCAAAGUUGGAGGACAGGACAUCUCAGCAGCAAGAUAAUUCAAUAUUGGAAGAUGGUAAUUUGCCUCAGCCGCAAGUGAAUUUGAGGUUGGAGGAAGGUAGUUUGCUUCAACCACCAGUGAAUUCAACAUUGGAGGAUCAUAAUUUGGAUCAGUCGCCUUCUCCGCCAGUUUCUGACGACUUGCACAGCCAUCAGCAGGCUGAACCAUCGAACCUCAAUGUUCAGCGGGAGGAUGAUGGACCUUCAAGCCCCAUCUCUAUUCAGGAGGUGGUUCCUAGCACUGGAUACCUACCUUCGGUGAAUGUGCCUGUGGAGCCGUGUCUGGAGGACAGAAUAAAGAUCAAUUUGGCUUUGACGUCAAAGCAGGAAAAGCAGGAGAUACGAUGGAAGCUUGAAAGUGAGCUUGAUAUAGUGAGAAGUUUGGUAAAGAGGAUUGAAGUGAAACAGGGGCAGGUUGGUGGGUAUGGCCAUUCAAAUGUAGUGUUAGGGAGUGGGAUUGCUAAUGGUGGUGGAGGUAAGCGUGCUCACUCAGAGGUAGCAUCUGCUGGGGUUUCGCGACAACCUACCAGGCCUCUGUACCAGUUAAGUUUGUCAAUGUUACACAAUAGUCAAGGGGGCAGUGAAAAUGUUGAAAAGGAGAAGAGAACGCCUAAAGCAAAUCAAUUUUAUCACAACUCAGAGUUCCUGCUUGCGAAAGAUAAAUUCCCACCUGCAGAAAGUAACAAGAAGUCAAAAUUGAGUUGGAAGAAGCAGGGUGGUGGAGAAAUGGGUCACGGUUUUCGAAUGGGAUCCAAGUUUUUCAAGAGCUGUAGUUCGCUGCUUGAAAAAUUGAUGAAACACAAACAUGCUUGGGUGUUUAACAGUCCUGUUGAUGUUGAGGGUCUUGGUUUGCAUGAUUAUUUUACCAUCAUCACUCAUCCAAUGGACUUGGGAACUGUGAAGAAUAGGCUGAACAAGAAUUGGUACAAAUCACCCAAGGAAUUUGCAGAGGAUGUGAGACUCACUUUUAAUAAUGCUAUGACAUAUAAUCCAAAGGGACAGGAUGUUCAUGUAAUGGCAGAGAAUCUAUCGAAGAUAUUUGAGGACAGGUGGGCUAUAAUAGAGUCAGAUUACAAUCGUGAGAUAAGAUAUGGCAUGGAGUAUGGGGCAGCUCCUCCUGCACCUUCACAUUUGUCUAGAAGGGUUCCUGCAUUUACUCCACCAGCUCUUGAUAUGAGAAGGAUUUUGGAUAGGUCAGAAUCUUUGGCACGAACACCAAGACCUAUGAACAUCACUCCAUCAAGUAGAACCCCAGCUCCAAAAAAGCCAAAGGCAAAGGAUCCACAUAAAAGAGACAUGACAUUUGAUGAAAAGCAAAAACUAAGCACAAACCUCCAGAGUUUACCUCCAGAGAAGCUUGAUGCUAUUGUACAAAUCAUUAAAAGGAGAAAUUUAGCCCUGAAUCAGCAUGAUGAUGAAAUUGAAGUGGACAUUGAUAGUGUGGAUGCUGAGACUCUUUGGGAGCUCGAUAGAUUUGUGACCAACUAUAAGAAAAGUUUAAGCAAAAACAAGAGGAGGGCUGAACUUGCUCGAGCUAGAGCAGAAGCUUUGCAGAAUUCCAUCCAGCGGAGCCAACCGCCAGCUAUGGUAGAGAUUCCUAGAGAAACACAAGCAGAUGAAAGAAAUGUUCCCCCAUCCUUGCCUAUGCAAGGGGGAAAUCAAGCAGAUAAUAGGAGUAGAUCAAGUAGUUCAAGCAGUUCAAGCAGUGAUUCUGGAUCUUCUUCAAGUGAUUCUGAUAGUGACAGUUCCUCAGCCUCAUCUGAUGCAGGGUCACAAGGAACCUGAAGAUACUGCCAGGUAGAGUUACAUAAGUUAGAUGAUUAGAGUAGAUAACGAUGCGACGCAUGCCUAGUUGGUUUUUGAAGCUUCCAGAUCAACAGUUAGAUUACUGUGGAAGCAUUCUGAAGGCAGUCGACAAUCCUAGUGAUGCAGUUUGGGAGUUUUUCUUCAGACUUGUUGGAAAACUCUCGACACGAAUUCUUGUAUAAUAAUAAUAUUUGGUAGAAAUGUGAUGAUAUAUGAUUAAUUAGGUAGUUAGUUAUCCGUAGCAUGUGUACAUUGCUAACUACUGCUGCGCAUUGAGUUUCGUUUAUGACAUGUUUUUUUGUUGUGCUGCCAGAUUCAGGAUUUUUUUGGUGUUAUACGAAGAAAACUAAUAUGUAAUUUUCUAGAUCUUGAAAAUCUCAUUCCAUGUAGCUUAACAACUGUGAAAAUUUAAGAAGGGAGAAUACAAUCUGUGUUUGUACGGUACGACAAAUUUUUGUCA